CACAUGACCCGCAGCGUCUCACGAAGCGAAGCUCCGGUUGCGUCUCUCCGUUAAACACCGAAAGCUCGUGAUGGCUGGACGCGGAAAACUGAUCGCCGUGAUCGGGGACGAGGACACGUGCACGGGCUUCCUGCUCGGCGGCGUCGGGGAGCUCAACAAGAACCGGAAGCCCAACUUCCUGGUGGUGGAGAAGGACACGAGCGUCACGGAGAUCGAGGAGACCUUCAAGAGCUUCCUGUGCCGCAGUGACAUCGGCAUCAUCCUGAUCAACCAGUUCAUCGCCGAGUUGAUCCGCCACGCCAUCGACGGCCACAUGGGCUCCAUCCCGGCGGUCCUGGAGAUCCCCUCCAAGGAGCACCCCUACGACGCCUCCAAGGACUCCAUCCUGCGCCGCGCCAAGGGCAUGUUCUGUGCCGAGGACUUCCGCUAGACCGGACCCCCUGGGGACCAUGUCCCUGGACCCGAUCCUCUGGGGACCAUGUCCCUUUUGAUUGUCUGUGUAGUGGCUAGAUGUGGGUAAAUGUGUUGUGGGUCUCUUAAAGGUCUCAUGAAGGUCUCUUAAAGGUCUGUUAAAGGUCUCUUAAAGGUCUCAUGAAGGUCUGUUAAAGGUCUCUUAAAGGUUUCAUGAAGGUCUGUUAAAGGUCUCAUGGAGGUCUCUUAAAGGUCUCAUGAAGUUCUCUUAAAGGUCUCAUGAAGGUCUCUUGAAGAUCUCUUGAAGGUCUCAUGAAGGUCUCUUAAAGGUCUUGUGAAGGUCUCUUAAAGGUCUCAUGAAGGUCUCUUGAAGGUCUCUUGAAGGUCUCUUAAAGGUCUUGUGAAGGUCUCUUAAAGGUCUCGUGAAGGUCUCUUAAAGGUCUCGUGAAGGUCUCAUGAAGGUCUCGUGAAGGUCUCUUAAAGGUCUCUUGAAGGUCUCUUAAAGGUCUCUUGAAGGUCCUCUUCUGUGUUUGUGGACCAGAUGUUUGAACGUAAAACUAAAUACAUGGAAAUAAAUUAAAAGUUUUA